AGGAAUGGCUAUGAAAGGUUUCAUGGCGGGCAAGGUUACGGAAGCCGCAAUGAGGACGGGGAACGUGCCCUGGAUUGUGCGGAAGCGCAUGAUCUCGCAGUGGCCAACACUUUCUUUAAGAAGAAGCUAACACACCUCGUCACAUACUCUAGCGGGGGAAGAGAAACGCAAAUCGAUUACCUCCUCACCCGAAGGCAGCACCUGAAACUGGUAACCGAUGUCAAAGUAAUCCCGUCGACCAACAUCUGCCCACAACAUCGGCUACUCGUCAUGGACCUCAAGCUAGACCUCGGCCAAUGGCGACAAGUGAGAACCACCAAUGAGGAAAAGAUCAAAUGGUGGAGGAUGGCCGAAGGCAGAAGAGACCUCACUGAGGCACUCAAAUCGAUCAACUUCAACAACGACAGCAACCAGUUAAUCGAGACCAGAUGGAACAAGAUAGCCGACCAAAUCCGAGAAGCAGCAACCAACGUCCUAGGGAAGACCAAGCCAGGAAAGUGCUUUAUUGAAAAGCAAACAUGGUGGUGGAAUACAGAAGUCCAAAGCGCCGUGAAAGAAAAGAAGUCAGCGCUAAAGAAGUGGCGCCAGUCUAGAGAAGACGAGGACUAUCAACGGUACAAGAGCCUGAAGGCGAAGAAGGCGGUGACAGUGGCAAAGACUGCGCACUAUGACCAGCUCUACCACGACUUGGACGAGCCUGGAGGAGCGAACAAGAUAUACCGCCUGGCCAGCAGCCGACACUGUUCAACAAAGGACAUCGGCCAAGUGAAACAUAUCAAAGACGUCAAUCAGAAGCACCGCCCCCGUCUAUGGCCCAGUCCCGCCGAUUACGACUGCUGA